AAUCUCAAGAAAAUCGCUGCGUUGUCCGUAUGUAGGUGGUGGGGUCGCUGUAUUAUUCGCUUCCGUUUCGUUGGUAACGUGGCGCUUCGGUAUCGGCUGAGCGAGAGCGAGCCCACUCGUCAUUUGGCCGGCUGUAGAGGAUUAUACCCCUCGCGUCCAAGCCAAUUAAACAUACCGCUGUGAUUUAUUUAAUUAGCUAAGAUUUUUAGAAGGAAAUUAAAACUUCUUCUCAUUAUGGGGAGCUUCGCAACUGUCCUAGGGCUGUUUUUGUUCAUCGUCGUUGCCCGGUCCGACGAUGCACCUAAAGGUCCCAAAGUGACCCACAAGGUCACCUUCACCAUGAAAAUAGGUGAUGAACCAGUCGGAGACAUCGUAAUUGGUCUCUUCGGAAAGACCGUCCCGAAGACGGUGGAGAACUUCUACCAGCUAGCGCAGAAGCCUAAGGGCGAAGGCUACAAGGGCAGCAAAUUCCACCGCGUCAUCAGCAACUUCAUGAUCCAGGGCGGAGACUUCACUAAAGGAGACGGCACUGGAGGUCGCAGCAUCUACGGCGAGCGUUUCGAAGACGAGAACUUCAAGCUUCGCCACUACGGCGCCGGCUGGCUGUCCAUGGCCAACGCUGGCAAGGACACCAACGGCUCUCAGUUCUUCAUCACCACAGCUAAGACCUCCUGGCUAGACGGCCGUCAUGUUGUCUUCGGAAAGGUCUUGGAGGGCAUGGACAUCGUGCGCAAGAUCGAGAACACGACGACCGGAGCGAACGACCGCCCCGUCAAGGACGUGGUGAUCGUCGAGAGCCGCGCCGAGGAAGUCUCGGAGCCCUUCGCCGUCUCCAAGGAGAGCGCUAAAUAACACUAGCGCAGUGCAUUUACUUUAAGACUAAUUUACUAGGGCCACUUUUAGAUGUACCAUCUAAUUUAUGUCUUGAAAGUUUGGUGAAACAAAUGCUCAAAUAUAGAUAACCAAACAUAUUUCUUUGUGAUGACCUUUUAAGUUCAAUUUUGUGCCACACAAAUGAGAUUGAAAAGAAAUUAAUAAAACUUGUCUCUUUAUA